AUGUCGCUGACAAGCUCGCUCAUGUCGGAGACGAGGCCCACCUUCACCAACUACAAGCUGCUCUGCAGCAGAAAUCGGAGUUACGCUUCAGCUCUGAUGUGCGACACCCACAACUUCGCCGCCGAGGACUGGCCGGACAGAUCGGUGGGCGUCGACGACCUGUCGGGCGCGCCCGGCUGGCUCGCCUGCCUGCGCCUGGCCACCAACUGCCACGCCCACAACGUGACGGUGCGCCGCCGCCGAGCCGGUCCGGACCAAUUCGAGCUGGUCACAGCCCGGUCGGUCCGAAGCGGCGAGCAGCUCGCCGUCUGGUUUGAUGCCGAGCUCAGCCACCAGAUGGCAGUGCCCUUCCUCGGUCUGCGCAACAUACAGGGCGGCGGACGGUACGGCUGCCACCUGUGCGGUCAGCUGUUCCAGCAGCCGAACCCGCUGAAGCUGCACCUGGCGGUGGAGUCGCUCGUCUCCAGCAUGGGCCGCUCCAGCAAGGGUCACGUCUGCCUGUACUGCGGCAAGCUGUACUCACGCAAGUACGGCCUCAAAAUCCACAUACGCACGCACACCGGCUACAAGCCGCUGCACUGCCGCGUCUGCGCCCGCCCGUUCGGCGACCCCAGCAACCUCAACAAGCACGUGCGGCUGCACGCAGACGGCGAGACGCCGUACCGGUGCGACAGGUGUGGGAAGGUGCUGGUGAGGCGGCGUGACCUCGAGCGCCACAUCAGGUCGCGCCACGGCCAGGCUACCUCCCAGGUCACCGAAGCCCUCCACAGACAAGCCAGCGGCUCUUAAGACUGGAAGGCAGCAGGAGGCGCUCAAUGGAGCGUCGAGCGUUUACGCUGUGAUCUGUACAAAGAUCUCAAAGUGUGAAAAGUCCAGUCUGAUGUAUGACGAGGGUCUGUCCAGCAAUAAGCAGUUUUGUCCUUAAGUAAGUCACACUGCCCUGCAGAUGAACGCGGACAUAAUGGAAACGUGUGGUAAUACCAUGUGC